UCGCACUCCGUGAAACAUCCUCAGAAGAAAACAGAAAGUUCUUUAGUGAUCUCAGCCAUUUUUCAAACCCAAGUGACAAUAUUGCUAAUUCAGCGCACCCUGCGUUUGGUUUCAAGAGAAGUUUGAUACAGCUCAUUGCUAAUGUGUGUUACCUAAACACAAUGAACCAAGAUUGUGUAUGUAUCUUAAUUUAUUCAGUGUUAAUUUCAGAAAUGUUUCUUUUUCAGUGAUCUAGCUGAGUAGAUAUUUUGGAUGGAGGUAAAGUUUUUAGUUGCAAAGUUUGUGCUGGAUGUGUUCGGGAUGAAAACAUAAGAUAGUGGGAUAUGAAACAUAACCUAAAGGUAUAGUUGCAACUGUAAGAUUUAAUAUUAGUAAUUAUAUAAUUCUGUAAAUUUUAGGUUCGCCAAAUGGAUUGCAUACCGUUAUUGUUGGAUCAUUGCAAUAUUGAUGAUUACAAUCCUUGUAUCCUUUUAUCUAGCAUGGCUGUCUGUUUGCAAUCCAGAGGAAAUCAUAGUUACUAUGAAAACCUACUUAUUUUGGUUAGAAUACAAAUAAUGAAUGUUUCAUGAGAUGAAAGAUGCGACAGCCGAGUGGAAUGGAACAUUCCAUAUCUUUCACCGAAUGAAAAUAUUUUUGUUAUUGCACGAAUGAAAACAUUCCUUAUUUGUUGUAUAUAACACCAAAAUAAAUCGUAUUGAAUUAAAUAUAUAAACAAAUACAUACAUGUAGCCUACAAUGUUUAAAAGUAAAAGAAAUCCAACAAAUAUGUCCCAAACAAUGUUUGAUUGAGGAGUUAAUGUAAUAAUGGCAUUUAUUUUAGUCAACAUUGACGUAAAAAUAAUAUUUUUAGUGAUUUUUACCUCCGCUAUUUUGCUUCGCACAAAUUAUGCAUUUGAAUUUAAUUCCGUCGGUCUCAUUAUGAAGAUUUGGGUUAUAUGAGCUACGGUUAGGGUUCGAUUAAGAUUUUGACGGAUGGAAUUUAAUGAAAACCAAACCGUACGGUGGAACAAAUUGUAUAGUACAAAAAUGCACGGCUGAGCUACAGGGAGCCCACCCCGUGUCUUAUUGGAGAGCAACUUAUAGCAAUAUAUGUAAAUAUAUAGCUCAGUAUUUAUUGAACGUUGUCUGACUUAUGGAGGGUCUGUAUUUUGCGGCCUAACGUAAGACCCUGGGUGGGCUCCCUGAGGCUGAGCAUGCAAUGGAACGCAAGCUCGCGUUAGCCGCCAAGCAGCCCGCAAAGUGCAGCCCUUUUGGCUGCUCUUCAACAGUAAGCUGCAUAUUUAAUGCUAUAAACCUAUAGUAUAUACGUUGCUCUCCAAUAAGACCCAGGGUGAGCUGCCUGUGGCAAAAUGCUAAUUUUAUUCCAUAUCUUGUGAUCAUAAUCAACCAAUUAAAUGACCAGAAUUUAAUGAAGUGUUAUAUAAUGUAUGCAGCUAAUAUAUAGACGCGAAUACAUCGGCUCACGUGAGAAUGUAAACCCCAUGCAUGAGGAUAAGCCUAAAGAAAAAUCCCAUUUAAUUAGCAUAAGUGUUGGAAAAAUAUACUCAAUUCACCUGGCUGUCGUCCUAGUUCAAGCUGGCUAUUAAAGCUUUACAUACAGUAUAAUAUUUAUGUACCUAGGCGCUAUAUAAUAAGGGUUUUACAUCACGUACAGUGUUUGUCUCUUAUAUACCCUAACUUCAUUAUAAUAGAUAUUUGUCAAUGGGCUAUAUUUUGUUUACGUAACGUAUUGGAAAAUAAUCAGGGGAAUCAACAAGUAAUAAGAUCACUAACACAACUGGGACUUGCCUCAAACACUCGUCUGGCAGAAGCAGGGUUUGUCGUGGAAGAGACUACAGAUGGUAAAUUAAGAGUCGUAGGGAAACAAAACAGGGAUACUGCGCCAUGA